AUGGAAGCUCUCAACGCUUCCGUGCUGCUUGUGUUUACACAGGGAGAUGUUUUCGAUCGCAUACGGACACGAAGUUUUAAGAAAGACGUGGCAGCGAUUUUCGGCACUGUAAAAGACGAAGGUACCUAUUGGCUACCCUACUACAUGAGCCGAUAUGGUUUCUGCUUCAAUCACACCAUAUCGGCCGAAGAUCCGCAAAACAGGGCAUUAAUAACCAGGGAGCAGUAUCGCCAGUCAAUGAAGGCGUUCAUGCCGUAUUUCGGAGGCUCUGCACUUGUUGAACAUGCCUUGCUCCAUGCCUAUCAAUCUGUGUCGACUGGUUUCUCACCACAGGAAAACCUACGUGAUGGUGUUGGACGUUUCCUCGGCGACUAUUUCUUCACCUGUAGCCUCAUUGAAUUCGCUGAUAUAAUAGCAGAUAAUGUUUACGGUCCCGUAUAUAUGUAUUAUUUCACUAUGAGGUCAGUUCUUUUUCCGUCGUUAGCCCAUAUUGUCGCGAUCGACCACUUGAGUAAUCGAAGGUCAACGGCAAACCCGUGGCCAAAAUGGAUGGGUGUAAUGCACGGUUAUGAGAUUGAGUAUGCGUUCGGACAACCGCUUUCCAGGCCGUCCCUUUACGAGAAGAAUUACCUCAGAACCGAGCAGCGCUUUUCUGAGUUCAUCAUGAAAUUAUGGAUAGAUUUUGCAAAUACUGGAACUCCAGCAACAUACUGGCCAAAAUAUAACCGAAUCGAUCGACAAGCUCUGGAGCUCGGCGAGGAGUCAACGAGAGGAGACCAUCGAAUCAUGGUGGAUGUUCAUGGGUCGUACUGUAGACUGAUCGACGAGGCAAAAACUGUAGCCGGCCAAGGUACUACUCAUAGUCGAGGAGAAGGUAACGACAACGACGACGACUCUGAAAGUGCGUCACGCUUUGUGUCUGGAGACGAAAGGGUGUUCAAAUUCUACGAGGUGAGGAACAGAGCAGAUGUGGCGGCCACCGAACUCGGUGUCCAGCAUGUUACAUCGCAUGGCCGUCUGGCUGAUGCUGGCCUUCAUCUGCAGCUGCGUCAUCCGACUCAUGUGAGUUGA